AUGUGGGAUGCGAGUGCAUUCAUGCUGAGAAGCCAAGGGAUUCUAAAGGCUUUCGAUCCCCAGGUCCCGCUGAGAUUUACGUGGGACAUGGGACUUCUAGAUGCCUCUGAAGUGCCUGACCUAACACUUUCAACGCUGGGGGAAGGAGGAGUGUCGGAUUGCUCUCUUACUCCAUCAGAGGACUGCAUUUUGAGUGACAAUGAGGAAGACAGAGGCGUCCCCGAAGACCUUAAGCGAGAUGUACUGCCUCGGCUACCUGAAGCCCACAGCCCAGACUGGGUGGCAGCCAGCCUGCAAAGGCAGCAGAGGGCAGCCUGUAGUAAACCCCCUCACCAAAAAAGAGGCUCCAAGAAACUCACCCUUAUCGCUGAUGGCCAGAAACCGCACACAGAAGAGAAACCCUACAAGUGUACAGAAUGCGGGAAGGGCUUUAAGGGGAGCUCCAGGCUCCUGAACCACCUGCAAACCCACACGAGAGAAAAAAUGUUUGAGUGUGUAGAAUGUGGGAAGAGCUUUAGCAGGAAGGCCAACCUGGUUGUGCACCAGAGAAUCCAUACGGGGGAGAGGCCUUACAAGUGCAAGGAAUGUGAGAAAACCUUUAGCUGUACCUCAAACCUUAUUGCUCACCGCAAAACCCAUGCAAAAAAGAAAGCCUUUUCCUGCACUACGUGCAGGAAAAGCUUCAGUGGAAGCACAGCUCUCUUCCAGCAUCAGAGAGUCCAUAUGGAUGAGAAGCCCUAUAGGUGUACCGAGUGUGGAAAUAGCUUCCGUCUGUGCUCAAACUUCAUCAAACAUCAACGGAUUCAUUUGAAAGAGGGACCCAGUGAACACACAGCAGAUGCAAACUAUUCUGAAUUUACAUCUCUGCAUCAUAAAGAAGAGCAAAGGUGUGGUGCAGAGAAUCGUGAGAUGGAUCACUUGAAUCUUGUUCUUGAAGAGUUACCUGUGAAGAUGCUGACCAUACACUCAGACUUGGAAAGAUACGUGCCUCAGAUGCAUCAGCAAACAGCAGUUGAUCAAAUCCACUGCCCCUUCAUUCGUUGCAGCAUGCAGACGCUUUGGCCAGUAAUGUGUUUUGUCAAGGCAGCUUGA